AGGUGAGGAGGAGUCCGGUAGUGAAAAGGGGCCGAGGCGCAACGGCCGGUCGAAAGCGAAACGAAGCCCCGACGCCAGGCCGGAAACGCGCGGUAACCAACCAACCACCAUAAAUCCCCAACCCACCAACGCACGCACGCCGCAGCCGGUCGAGCUCAGCCCACUCCACCCCGGAGCAGAGCCGCGAGCACACAAUCUAGCCAGCCAGCCAGCUACGCACGCCAGCGCUCGACACCGCGGCACUGCCGCUCGGCCCGGCCCCUUCUCCCUCGCGGGAGCACGCAGGAUCGACCACCGAGCACCGGCCGGCGAGCGAUGUCGAGCCACGAGGCGUGCUGCGGGACCAUGUUCUGGGUGUACCUGCUCUCCUGCGCGGGGCUGGUGAUGUUCGCGGGGCUCAUGUCGGGGCUCACCCUGGGCCUCAUGUCGCUCAGCCUCGUCGACCUGGAGGUGCUGGCCAAGGCCGGCACGCCGCAGGACCGGCGCAACGCCGCCAGGAUCCUGCCCGUCGUCAAGAACCAGCACCUCCUCCUCUGCACGCUCCUCAUCGGCAACUCCCUCGCCAUGGAGGCGCUCCCCAUCUUCCUCGACUCCCUCGUGCCCUCCUUCGGCGCCAUCCUCAUCUCCGUCACCCUCAUCCUCGCCUUCGGUGAGAUCAUGCCGCAGGCCAUCUGCACGCGCUACGGGCUGAGCAUGGGGGCCAAGGCGGCGCCCAUCGUCCGGGUGCUCCUCGUCGUCUUCUUCCCGGUCGCCUACCCCAUCAGCAAGCUGUUGGAUUGGCUACUUGGAAAGGGCCAUGUUGCACUUAUGAGGAGAGCUGAGCUAAAGACAUUAGUUGAUAUGCACGGCGAUGCGGCUGGAAAAGGUGGAGAGCUGACUCAUGAUGAAACUACUAUCAUUGCAGGAGCAUUGGAGAUGACUCAAAAGACUGCAAAAGAUGCCAUGACUCCCAUAUCUGAAACCUUCUCACUUGACAUAAAUGCCAAGCUGGAUGUGCAUACGGUGGGUAUGAUAAUGACCAAAGGGCACAGCCGUAUUCCUAUAUACUCUGGAAGACCAAGCAAUAUUAUCGGUCUUAUAUUGGUAAAAAACUUGCUUACUUGCCGGCCUGAGGAUGAGGUGCCCACUAGACAUGUUACUAUCAGAAAAAUUCCAAGGGUGGCUGAUGAUCUUCCUCUCUAUGACAUUCUAAAUGAGUUUCAGAAAGGUCACAGCCACAUGGCUGUGGUUGUUAAACGCACUAAAGAAGAAGGAGCAUCUGUUGAAAAGAAUAACAGUUUUACAGCAGAUUACAAAAUGACAAACGGACAUGCUCAUGCUGAUGGUCUCGGUCUGUCACCCUCGCAUGUCAACAUUCCCGGAAGUCGUCGAAAUAACAAUGACAAGUACAGUAAGAAAAUUGAAAGAAAACGGGACAAUAUUCUUGAUUUUAACACUGAUCCACUUCCUCACUAUUCAAUGGAUGAGGAAGCGGUGGGAAUAAUUACGAUGGAAGAUGUCAUGGAGCAACUGCUGCAGGAAGAUAUCUUGGAUGAAACAGAUGAGUAUGUUGAUGUGCAUAACAAGAUCAAAAUAAACAUGUUACCGCCAGGCAAAUCAGUGUCGCCUCUUAUAUCUCCUAGUGGUGAACCUCUGUCUCAAGGUCUAAGAAAGACCCCUAUGGCUUCUCCGCUGUCGCCGUACCAUAAUGGCGGCUCCAUCUUACGUUCCCCUGUUGCAAACCAUGCUCGGUCACCUGGGACUUUACCGACAAUGUUCUCUCCUGGAAGGUCACCUGCGUCACAAACUCCCGUUUGCAGUUCGCCGACUUCAAGUUGGGUCUCGAGGAAUUCGUACCGAAAUCCGUAGAAAUGGUGGUGAGAGCUAAAGCCAAAGAGCUCAGGGGGCAACAAUUCCCAAUUCCAGUUGAGAUCACUGCCUGGAUCAAAUUAAGGCACUGAAGAGUGUAGGGUCAAAGAAUGAAGACCCCACAGCUCUCUGCUUUGUUGCUGGUCCUUGUUUAUUUAUGACUUUCUUGUACAUAUAUAUAUAUAUAUAUAUAUAUAUAUAUAUAUAUAUAUAUAUAUGGCCCUUUAGUAUCUGAGCCUGCUGAGUGUGGAUGAGCUGUCACCACCUACUGUAGACGCCCUUUUUGCCAAACAUGUAGCAACCAUUGCAGAAGAAAACUGCGGAGAGAAACGACGUAAACGAAACGCGUUCUGUAUGUAUCGCGCAUCUGCGCAUCUGUGCUGGUAUUCUUGUUUGUCAGCCGCCAUUGUACUCACUGAAACUCAAGUAAAGUAGCUGUUGGUGCUAGUACUGCUGAUGGCUGCCCCCAUUUAUGUAAGAACUGUACAAGCUUAUGUUUCUAAUGAGUUUCAUGAUGGAUAUGCAUUUUUCUUUU